UUCUUCUUCUGGCGACUUGCGGCUGCUGCCAUUGCAUCAUAAUCCGUCCACGUGUCGUGAAGCUUUAAAGGCCCGAAAACGGCCUCCUUACUCGUUAUUACUAGUCUCCUCCCCCUCCCUCUUCCCUACCCCUCCCUCUUUUCGAUCUUUUCUCGUGUCCUUCUACUUUACUUCUUUUCUUUGUCCUCUUUUCGAUCGAUCGAUGGGGGCGUUGAUGAAAAAGGAGUACCAGUUCCUCUCCGAGCUCGGCCUCGGUCCUCGCAACCCUGGCUGCUACGUGAAUGGCUCCUGGAAAGGCAGCGGCCCGGUGGUCGCCUCCCACCGGCCUGCGAACAACCAGGUCAUUGCUGAGGUGGUGGAGGCAUCGAUGCAAGAGUACGAGGAGGGGAUGCAGGCGUGCAUGGAUGCUGCCAAGAUAUGGAUGCAGAUUCCAGCUCCAAAGAGGGGAGAAAUUGUUCGACAAAUUGGUGAAGCAUUGAGAGCAAAACUCCAACUUCUUGGUAGGCUCGUGUCACUUGAAAUGGGAAAAAUACUUCCUGAAGGGAUUGGGGAAGUUCAGGAAAUCAUUGAUAUGUGUGAUUAUGCUGUUGGGCUAAGCCGUCAGCUAAAUGGAUCAAUCAUACCAUCCGAACGUCCGAAUCAUAUGAUGAUGGAGGUGUGGAAUCCUCUUGGAAUAGUAGGUGUCAUUACAGCUUUCAACUUUCCUUGUGCAGUCCUUGAACUAUUCUUUUCCCAAAAAUUUGGUGUUAUAGGUUGGAAUGCCUGCAUUGCACUGGUUUGUGGAAACUGUGUUGUUUGGAAAGGUGCACCAACAACCCCAUUAAUAACAAUUGCGAUGACUGAAAUAGUUGCUGGAGUUUUGGAGAAGAACAAUUUGCCAGGUGCAAUUUUCACAGCAUUUUGUGGAGGUGCUGAGAUUGGUCAAGCGAUAGCUUGUGAUACGAGGAUUCCGCUUGUCUCAUUUACUGGCAGUACAAAGGUUGGUCUGAUGGUUCAACAGAAAGUUAAUGAGAGAUUUGGUAAAUGCCUGCUUGAACUUAGUGGAAAUAAUGCUAUAAUUGUCAUGGAUGAUGCCGACAUCCAGCUUGCUGUUCGUUCUGUUCUGUUUGCUGCUGUUGGUACAGCUGGACAACGCUGCACUACAUGUCGUAGGCUGCUUCUUCAUGAAAGUAUAUAUCAAAGCGUGCUUGAUCAACUGAUAAAAGUGUACAAUCAAGUGAAAAUUGGCAAUCCAUUAGAGAAAGGCACCUUACUGGGGCCGUUACAUACUCCUGCUUCAAAGGAGAACUUUGUGAAAGGCAUCGAAGUCAUCAAAGCUCAGGGAGGAAAGAUUCUUACUGGAGGAUCUGUCAUAGAAUCUGAGGGAAACUUUGUGCAACCAACUAUUGUUGAGAUUUCUCCAAGUGCACCAGUUGUUAAACAAGAGUUGUUUGGUCCUGUCCUAUACGUAAUGAAGUUUCAGACCCUAAAAGAAGCAAUUGAAAUAAACAACUCGGUACCUCAAGGGUUAAGCAGCUCUAUAUUCACGCGCAGACCAGAAGUUAUUUUCAAGUGGAUUGGGCCACAUGGCAGUGACUGUGGGAUAGUAAAUGUAAAUAUACCUACUAAUGGUGCUGAAAUUGGUGGAGCUUUUGGGGGUGAAAAGGCCACUGGUGGUGGCCGAGAAGCAGGAAGUGAUUCAUGGAAGCAGUACAUGCGGCGUGCCACUUGCACUAUCAACUAUGGGAGUGAAUUGCCUCUAGCGCAAGGAAUAAAUUUUGGUUAGUUUCUAACAUGAUCCAUCACUAGAAGUAUUUCAGUUUCAGUUGUUAGAUCAAACUUCUGCUUUUCAACUGCAGCAAAAUCUCUAUUAUAUACGUAAAGCUUUGAUGCUGAAACUGGGACUGAUCAAACAGCAUCAAGACCCAUAAAUUACAGAAAUAAGAUGCAAUAAAGUUUAGUUCUUUGCUGGCGGUACCGUUGGCUCUAGAUUAAUUACCUCUUGUGUCAGUUGUUUGACAGUCUUCUUUGCUGUUGCCAAGUGAAUUCAUGGAUGUAAAUCUGUUGCCGGGAUGCACGGGGUUAGUGUCCAGCAUCGUGCUUGUUACUUGUGAAUAUGCUAUCCUCGUGCAUGUGUGCCUGAGGAAUAUGGGUAUCAUGGAGGAAUAAACUCUAGUUUGUCACUCUUUUACAUCAA